AUGAGUGGAGAGCGAGAUUCAGCCCCGGAGUCCUCAAACAAAGCACCAAUGAGUACCUCCGGCCCUUCGGGCGCAAUCGGUGGUGAGCCCGAGCAGGGUCAUGGCACCGAUGCGCCCAAGAUCCAGGACGCAACUGCUGUCGCAUCUUCCGACCCUUCAGCUUCCACAGUACCGGCAGAGAGCACGGCUGUCACUGAAGGCGCAACUGCACCAAAGAAACGCCAUUUGUUGAUUCCUAUCCCAUCGCGUCGAUCCUCAAAGGUCAACAAACAACAGGGGUCGGAGAAGGCUGGGGAAGCGGCGCAGGAUGAGCCUGCUCGAAGGGGCUCCAAGGUGAGCAUUCUGCGGAAACGCGAUCAAAGUCGGGCAAGCAGCCGUCGCUCGCGCCAGACCCAGGAUGGGACCAAUCCGGAGGAGAGUAAAGAGGUGGCAACUGCACCUGAUAAUUCUUCCAAGCCUCAACAGAAGAAAGGCCCCUCAAAGCUCUUAGCUUUCUUGGGCUGUUGUUCCUCAUCAGACAUUGAUACAGAUGACACUGCUGUUCCUGCGAAGAAAACGACCAUGCGUGCGCCCGUUUCCAACAGGUUACCCACCCCAGACAAAGCAGAGGCUCAAACUGGUGAUUCAAGCACUGUAGAGUCAAAAGAACCAUACCUAGAUGAGAAGGCAAAUUCCACAGUCAGCCCGGAUCAGCAUGGCGAAGAAAACCGCAAUGUCCAGGCUUCAGCGGCUGGCGUGCAAAAGGAUGGCCCUGUGGAUGGUCCGCAAGCAGAAGCUUCUGGUCAGAAGGAUCAAACUGAGGAGCAGGCCCCGCUUGCCCAACACACAGCUCCAGACACCAACGAUGUAAACAACAAUGAUUUGGGAAGUCAAUCAGACAUCGAGAACCUUUCUCCUGCAUCAACCUCCGCCAUGCCCACCAGCUUCGGUAUCGAUGGCUCGAGUCCCGACAACUCCGAAGAAGUUGUAUCUCAAGACGAAGUCACACAACCCAUGGCGGUGCCUCCUCCUCCACCGCUUCCACCUGCUCCUCCUGGCCCUCCUGCUCGAGGAUACUCUGAGGAUGCGGCACAUUCGUUGCUCCCGCCCGCUUUGCCCCAUCUAAGCGACCGAAAGUGUCUAGUCCUCGAUCUCGACGAGACUCUAGUUCACAGCAGUUUCAAGGUCUUGGAGCGUGCCGACUUCACUAUUCCGGUCGAGAUUGAAGGCCAGUACCAUAAUAUCUACGUUAUCAAACGUCCUGGUGUAGACACGUUCAUGAAGCGCGUUGGCGAGCUCUAUGAAGUAGUGGUUUUCACUGCCUCGGUUUCCAAGUACGGCGAUCCUCUGCUCGAUCAACUUGACAUUCACAACGUCGUUCACCACCGAUUGUUCCGUGAGAGCUGCUAUAAUCACCAAGGAAACUACGUCAAGGACCUCUCACAAAUCGGUCGAAACUUGAAGGAAACAAUCAUCAUCGAUAAUUCACCUACUUCUUAUAUCUUCCACCCCGAGCACGCGAUUCCGAUCAGCAGCUGGUUUUCCGACGCCCACGACAAUGAGUUGCUCGACCUUAUCCCCGUCCUCGAGGAUCUGGCAGGGCCGCAAGUCCAAGACGUGAGCAUGGUCCUGGACUGCACCUUGUAA